AUGUUGUCCUUGUUUUUCCAGAUCGGCUUCAUGGCCACGUUUACGGUAGCAUCUCUUCAAAUUAUUCCGGGCUCCACAAUAACCACUGCGGGAACAAAUCAACAUAUGCAAGCCCACGGCGGAGGCAUUGUCGAAGUCGAUAAUGUUUUCUACCUUAUCGGAGAGAAUAAACUAGCUGGUAGUGCUUUCCAGAGCAUCAAUUGCUAUUCCAGCACUGAUCUUGUCCAAUGGACUUUCGUGAGCGAACUCUUAACCCUCCAAAGCUCCGGUGACCUUGGGCCAAAUCGUGUAGUGGAACGUCCACACGUCCUUUACAAUGAUGCAACGAGCAAAUAUGUCAUGUGGAUGCACAUCGAUGAUUCGAGCUAUGCAGAGGCGAGAGCGGGUGUUGCAACCUCUGCUAGUAUUUGUGGGGACUAUACUUAUUUGGGCGCGAGUCAACCUCUAGGCUUUCAAAGUCGAGAUUUGAAUGUGUUUAAAGACACCGACGGGACCGGUUAUCUCUUGACUGAAGACCGCGCUAAUGGACUUCGAAUCGACCUUCUCUCUGCCGAUUACUUAAGCGUGGUAUCGGCUACUUAUCUAUAUGCACAAGAUUAUGAAGCCCCAGCUUUGUACAAGAGCGGGAGUACAUAUUUUAUGUUUGCUAGUCAUGAGAGUGGAUGGUCACCAAAUGAUAAUAUCUACUGCACAGCAACUUCGCUGGCUGGGCCUUGGUCAGCGUGGGCCGAUUUCGCUACUGCGGGUUCGAACACCUUCUCAAGUCAGACAGCAGCAAUCGUAAACAUCAAUGGUGUAGUGAUGUACAUGGGCGACCGUUGGCAAUCUACAAACCUUAUGACAUCAACCUAUGUUUGGCUUCCCCUCACCAUCUCCGGCCCAACAGCUGCACUCCACAAUGAAGUAAAUUGGAUCCUCAACAUCGCAGCCGGAACAUGGACCACCGGUCCCUCUGAAACAACGCCCGAGGCUGAAUCAUCUACUAAUUCCUGGGCUGGUGGGGCGAGAAUAUUGACUUGCUCGAGUUGUUCGAACGCGAGCGAUAUUGGAUAUAUUGGGGGACCCUCCCCGGGUGGGACAUUAACUUUUAAGGGGAUCUCAAGCACGGUCUCAACGACAACCACCAUCCGCAUCCACCAUAACAACGGCGACUCAACGCAGCGAUAUGCAAAUGUGGUCGCCAACGGAGUGAGUAAAGUCAUCGCCUUCUUGCCAACUACGGGCGGGGUUCCGGGCACGAGCACGUUGACAGUUCCGCUGAAUGCGGGGACGGGAAAUACGAUCGUGUUUGAAGCGUAUAAUUCAGGUUGGGCACCCGAUAUCGAUAGAUUGAUGGUUCCUGUAUCAUAG